AUGGCGCUGGGGCUGCUUAUCGCCGUGCCGUUGCUGCUGCAGGCGGCGCCCCCCGGGGCGGCGCACUACGAGAUGCUGGGCACCUGCCGCAUGACCUGCGACCCGUACAGCGCGGCACCCGGCGGGGGCCCCGCGGGCGCCAAGGCUCCACCGCCCGGACCCAGCGCUACCGCCCUGGAAGUCAUGCGGGACCUGGGCGUCAACCCUCCGCCCCCUUUCAUCCAGGGACCCAAGGGCGACCCGGGGCGACCCGGCAAGCCGGGGCCGCGGGGCCCCCCGGGAGAGCCGGGCCCACCUGGACCCAGGGGUCCCCCGGGGGAGAAGGGCGACUCAGGGCGGCCCGGGCUGCCUGGGCUGCAGCUGACGGCGGGCGCGGCAGGCGGUGUCGGGGUGGUGGGUGGCGGAACCGGGGGCGGCGGCGACUCUGAGGGCGAAGUGACCGGCGCGCUGAGCGCCGCCUUCAGCGGUCCCAAGAUCGCCUUCUAUGUGGGUCUGAAGAGCCCCCACGAGGGCUACGAGGUGCUCAGAUUCGACGACGUGGUCACCAAUCUCGGCAAUCACUACGACCCCACUACUGGCAAGUUCAGCUGCCAGGUGCGGGGCAUCUACUUCUUCACCUACCACAUCCUCAUGCGCGGCGGCGACGGCACUAGCAUGUGGGCGGACCUCUGCAAGAACGGGCAGGUCCGGGCCAGCGCCAUCGCACAGGACGCCGACCAGAACUACGACUACGCCAGUAACAGCGUGGUGCUGCACCUUGAUUCAGGGGACGAGGUGUACGUGAAGCUGGACGGAGGGAAGGCUCACGGAGGCAACAACAACAAGUACAGCACGUUCUCGGGCUUUCUUCUGUACCCGGAUUAG